AUGGCGAAAUUGAAAGUGGCGCCUUUAGAAGACUUGAAUAAGCGGAAGAAAAAACUGUCGAUACCCAGACUAGAGUUGUCAUCAGCAUUGGUACUGGCACACCUGUAUGAAACUGUUGCCGCAAGCAUCCAAAUUCCAACUAAUGCUUAUUUUUGGACUGAUUCGACCAUAGUGAAGUGUUGGCUCUCAUCGCAUCCGUCUAGAUGGCAAAUAUUUGUAGCCAACCGAGUGUCGGAGAUUCAGCACAUCUCCCGAGAAGGCGUUUGGAAUCAUGUGCCCGGCGUUGAGAAUCCGGCUGAUAUUAUUUCCCGGGGUGCGACACCGCUUCAACUAGCAGAAAGCUCUGUAUGGUGGAACGGUCCCAGUUGGCUCGAGAAAGAUUGCAACGAAUGGCCGAAAACGUAUGAAGCUCCAGAGCAACAAUUCGAUUCAGUUACGUUGGAAGAAAAACCCUUAGUUACGACAACGUUACAGAUGCUACCUCCUAGUGAAAUCUUCACUCUUCAUUCGUCACUGUGUAAACUGGUCCGGUUGACGGCAUGGAUAUUACGUUACACACAUAAUAGCAGAAAAAUCAAUCGAACAGUCGGACGAACAGGAGUGCUUAGUGCACGAGAACAUGAAGAAGCAUUGCUCGUUUCAGUGAAAUUGGCACAAUCCGAAUGUUUUCCAAUUGAACUGUCGGAUCUAGCAGCGAGAGGAGAAGUUAAGCCUAGCUCUAGAUUACAUUCCAAAGAUCCUGAGCUACGAGACGGUGUGAUUCGCGUUGGCGGUAGACUUCGUCAUGCUUCAGUUACGUUCGACAGAAAACACCCGAUAGUGUUGGACAGCAGUCACCCAUUAACCAAGCUGAUAAUGAGAGACUAUCAUCAUGACCGCAGCUUAUGCUUUCCUGCAUGA